AUGCUAACGCCUAGUCAACAAGAGGCAGUGGAAUAUGACUACACUCCGGGGACCAUUUUGUCAAUACAGAGCGGACCAGGAUGUGGCAAGACGUUGACAUUGAUAAACAGGAUCAAACGGCUACUACUGGAUGGUGUGAAACCGCUGGAGAUUAUCGUGUUGUCAAUGACAAACCGAACGGUCAAUUUGCUACAGCAGGCAUUGAGCGAGGGUAUAAAGGACGAGGUUGUUCAAGAUGUGGUUAUCCGAACAUUUCACUCUUUUGCAGCUCUAAUCUUUGACGAUAAUUUUAUGAAGUACUUUCCUGGCCGCCCUCCAAAUAGUGUUGUUGAUGAUUCAACUUGGAAGUCAUUUGCCAAGUUUUUCAGUGCUAAACACAAGGAUUUGGAUGCUGCUGUGCUUGCUGUCAAGUCAGGUGAGCUAAUAGACCUGGUUGCUCAGAAACACUCAAUCUCAAGGGAUCAACUAGAGCGAACUUUGGAAUAUCUCGAAGAUAAUGGAAUGAUUCGCUUCCAUGGGUUGAUCACUAGUGCAAUAGAAAUAUUCAAAGAGUCUAAUGGAGAGUUGCCGUUGGCUGGCGCCAAGGUUGUAAUCAUUGAUGAGUUUCAGGAUAUGCAACCAGUCCUUUUGAAAUUUAUCAAGCAGAUUGCCGUGUAUGGCAAGCCAAAGCAUGUGACACUAGCCGGUGAUAAGAAUCAAUGCAUUUAUGACUUUUUGGGAUCACGUCCAGGAAUCACUGAUGAGUUUAUACAUGACUUGAAGUUCAAGCACACUGAGGUGGUUUUAAAAGAGACUUUCCGUUUGGGACCCCAAGUGCUAGCAAUGGCUAAAGAGGUUAUACCUUCGGAAUUGAAAAGUGUAAAAGAUGAGGGUAUUGGACCGAUACGGCAGGGUGAUUUAUGCACAGACAUUGUUGAGCUAAUUGCAAAAUCGGGCGGGUUGAUUAAAUUUUCCGAUAUUAUCAUUCUCACAUUCACGAAUAGAGAGGUCGACCAAUUUGCCGAGGAGUUGACAACCAGGUAUGGUAUAAAAUGCAACAAGUUUAGUGGUAACAAGUGGAUAAGCUCAAAGUUACACAUGUAUUUGGAUUUUUUGCACAUUCUUAGAAGAAGUUAUGGAUCUGAUUUUGCACUUUUGUUUGUUUUGGAGAAAUUGGGUGUCAAGAAUUUGAAAAAGUUGUUUGCAGAGUACAACGAGUGGAAUUGCAGUAAAAAGAAUAGGCUAGAGGAUUAUUUGAGGGAGAGGAGUACAAGUGUUUCAAUCAAAAACUUUCUUGAUUUGAUUGAAAACGAGAGGGUGGGGUUAGGUACCCCAAUUUCUAUUUUAUCCUCAUUGGGUCGUAUAAGUAUACAAACAGGGCUAAUCAACGCCAUCGAAACGGAUGAAUUGAGCUCAUUUUAUGCUUCGUUGAAAACAUCACACAGGAAAUACCUAACCGAACCUAAAGGUACAUUUCUAGAUUACUUUUUAAAGAGCUAUUACGAUGAUGAGCCAGUGUUUGAAGAAGAUAGGGUCAAUGUGUCGACAAUCCACAAGGCAAAAGGAUUAGAGUUUCCUGUGGUAUUUAUUCCCAACUUUUCAAGGUUGCCAAAGUCGAGACUUAAAUACGUUGCGAUCACUAGAGCCAAGUGUUUACUAUACGUGGGGAAAGAAACCUACGACAAACAAGAAAUUGAUGAGAGAAUUGUAAAGUUUGUCGGACGAGAUUUGAACAGAGUGCCAGACGCUAUCAAAAUGAAAGCGGGGAGACGGUUUUUCAAUCUAUACAAGAAAGCACUAUGUUAA